GUGACAACCAAUUCCCUACUUUUUCUCUUAGUGUCCAAAGGAUAUAUCCACAGGCAUGUUUGCCCGUCUUUGUAGGCGCUUUGGGAGAGUUGAUGUUGAUAGAGAAGAGUCUAGAGUGAAGCAAAUGAAACCUAAAGAGGCCUGCAGACAGACGUCAUCCCUAAACAAGGUGCAGGCCAACGAGGAAGAGGAGAGGCUGAAUAGAGAACUGGAGCUAUCUACCAUGGAGAGAAAUGAGCUGACAGAUUGCCUCCUUUAUGUGACAGGUGGAUCCAUGAACAAGAGCCCCUACUUCAGGCCAAAUCCAUUUUAUGAAAACUUGAAGAUAAAGGAGAAAGAGGUCAUGUCAUUACUGCACAACUUAGACACAAAGAACAUUGAACAUCGUGAGAAAUUUCAGGAGCUCAAGAAGGAGAUUAACUUCUAUCGCAACCUGCACAGCCAGCUCCUGAUGGACCAGGCAUGUAUGAAGAAGAAGUUGGUCACAUUGAAGCAGGAGAGCAAGGAGUUACAGCGAUAUUUGUUUGAGUUGAACCGGAAAGAUGAAGACGAACAGGAGAAGACCAGCAACCUCCACACCCAGCAAAAUGUGGUAGGAACAAGCAGCUGAGUCAGAUUAACAAUGUCUGAUACCAUUUGCCUAUUGGAUACAUCUUUGCUUCCCCUAUCACCUUUCUAAUCUCCCCACACCCAGUCAGUCACCCACCUCAUGUGAUAGAGUUAUUCAUUGCUCUGUCUAUGCACAAGUAUUCUGGGAUGUUAACCACUCUUCAGAAACUGAAUUAUGGGCAAUUAUACUUCUCUGCCCUUUCUGAAACUGCAGUCCAGAAAUGGUGACAGAGGAAUAACAUAUCACAUGACUGCAUCUCCCUAUCACAGAUUGGAUGCUAUGAAGAGUUUUGAACGAGUUCUUGGUCGUGUGACAAAGGUCAUGCAGGGGUCAUGUGAUGGUUGGAAGCACCUUGUAGGGAUAAGAACCAAGUGCAAAUGGCAAAUGAGUCCUGGUCAUUGGCUUUGAUCUGGGUAUCAUGUGGCCUUCUCCUUUCUUCCUGCACCCCAAUUAGGUCUCUCCCCAUUUCCCCAUUCUUGGUUUGCACUGGUAGAGUCU